UUUCCAUCUUUAAACUAUCUAAGAGACUUUGAUUCUUUGAGUUAGAUAGCCAAGCUACUGGGGGAGGGCUUGUAAAGAGGACUGGAACACAGAUUUUCGCAAUUUCACAAAUGCUAUAAGACUUGCCAAGUAGAUUGCUCACCAGAUAAAAACUCCUUUUCUAAGCUUGCUCCAUCAGAGUUUUUUCCUGUUCCUCAUCUCCAGACCCUUGCUCCACAUGGCUCCUUGGUUAUCAUUCCUCCUCAGCCCAACCACAAUUUUCUCCUUGAUUCUACUGCUAUUAUCAGCCAGCCUGUUUUGGAGCAGCCUUAGGUGGUCAUCUCAACGUAUGCCUCCAGGACCCUCCCCACUCCCUAUCAUCGGCAAUUUGCAUCUGAUAAAUAUUCAAAGGCAAGACAUCUCAUUUAUGAAGCUUUCCAAAAAAUACGGCCCGGUCUUCACAUUCCAUUUUGGUUUACAGAAAGUUGUGGUGCUGGUUGGCUACAAGGCUGUGAAAGAGGCACUCCUGAGCAAGGGAAAUGAGUUUAUUGACAGGCCCCCGAUCCCCAUAUUCUCACGGAUCCAGCAUGGGAACGGUAUGUUCUUCUCUGUUGGGGAACUGUGGAAGGACACCCGGCGAUUCACCUUGUCUAGCAUUCGGAAUCUUGGGAUGGGCUCCUCCCUGAUCGAAGGAAAGAUGCUUGAAGAGCUAAAUUUCCUGGUUGAGAAGGUCAACUCCUUUAAAGGUGAGCCUUUUUCACUAAAGACCUUUUCUGCAGCUCCAACAAAUAUCACCUUCAUCAUACUGUUUGGAGACAGGUUUGACUAUGCUGACCCAACUUUCAUUACUCUCUUAAGACUCAUUGAUGAAGUGAUGACUCUUCUGGGAUCUCCAUAUUUACAUCUGUUUAAUGUCUAUCCGUUCCUUGGGUGCCUUCUCAAAACCCCUAAAAUGCUCUUGAAAAAAAUUGAAGAAACGUGUGCCAUCCUACAGAGGUACAUCCAAACCAGCAAGGAGACACUAAGUGGGAAUCAGCUACAAAGCUAUAUUGACUCCAUGCUGUUCAGACAACAACUAGAGGACGAGAAUGGUGAGAAGAACAUAUUUCACAGCUCCAAUAUCAUGGCCUCAGUUCUUGACCUCGUCAUGGCUGGGACGGAGACCACUGCCACCACUCUGCAGUGGGCCAUUCUGCUGAUGAUGAAGUACCCUGAGAUCCAGAGGAAGGUGCAAGAUGAAAUCCGGAGAGUCCUUGGAUCAGACCGUCUACCGGUCUAUGAAGACAGGAAGCGGAUGCCCUUCGCGAACGCCGUGAUUCAUGAGGUGCAGAGGGUUGCUUCUGUCGUGCCGCAUUUGCCCCGCUGCACCUCCGUGGACAUACACUUUCGGGGCUACUUCAUUCCAAAGGGAACAGCUGUGAUUCCUUCUCUCACGUCCUCCCUUUAUGACGAAACCCAGUGGGAGACUCCCAGCCAGUUUAACCCCAGCCAUUUUCUGGAUGCUGAGGGGAACUUUGUGAAGAAAGAAGCCUUCGUGGCUUUCUCAAUAGGUCGCAGGAACUGCCUGGGAGAAAGCCUGGCCAGGAUGGAACUCUUCCUGUUUGUGGUGGGAUUGCUCCAGCGAUUCACCUUUCGACCCCCUCCUGGAAUGAGCGAAGCGGACUUGGAGCUUAUGAUCGAUCCUGCCUUCACUCGGCGGCCUCAGCCGUAUUUGACCCGUGCUGCGCCCACCAUCUAGGACGGCCAACUCAGGGGGCAGCCAGUGGUUUCCAGUGAUAGAAAGAAGAGCCCCACCGUGCACCAAGAUGGCAUUCCUACCACAGGGCUUUGCCAGUGGCCCCUUGCCAACUUUCUUACGUUCUUUGCACAACCCUGUGGCUCUUUACAACCCACCCUUCUCACGUGGGCAUGGUGGGGCAACGCCUCUGAAGACCCUUUACCCUUCUCCUUCCCACAGAAAUAAAAUACAAAGCUUGCCAGGACACAAGCUGAACGUCCUUAUCUUUAACAUCGUAGUUUACGAUCCUUUGUUGUUUUUAUUUUUAGGGGGAGCAACGUCCACGGUCUGAUAUCCCCAAUAGCACCAUCCGUAGCCUAAAAUGGCAUAGCCCAGAUGCUGGUUAUUGAUCGCUCGGUGAGAGUGAAAGCUUAUCAGCUGGGAAAAAAAAAGUCUACAUUAGCCCUGUAAAUAAGUUUGCGAGUUACCAGGCUGCAUCGGCUUCAUUUGAUUACUGCCUACCUAUUUUCACGAUAUCGUUGCAAGUCUUGGUAGUUCUGUUAUUCUUGUCCAUCUGUUUUCUUCUCUCACAGGAUCUAAAAGUAAUUUGGAGUCCUUCAGUGCAAGUGUCCCAAAGCAUCUAAGGCAGUGUUUCUUAACCUUGGGAACUUUAAGAUGGGUGGACUUCAACUCCCAGAAUGCCCCAGCCAGCUGCUGGCUGGGGCAUUCUGGGAGUUGAAGUCCACCCAUCUUAAAGUUCCCAGGGUUGAGAAAACACUGAUCUAAGGAGAUUAACAAAUAUGGUUUUGUAUACUUUGGAAAAUUCCUGGGCAUGCGCAUCAUCUCUAAAUUGUCAUUAAAUUUAGAGAUGAUGCUAAAUUUAAUGCUACUAUCAUUAAAAUGUAUUGCAGAUUG